AUGUCUUUACCACUCUCCAAUAUUCGUGUCUUUGAGAUGGCAGGACUUGCACCUGCUCCUUUUGCAGGCAUGAUAUUAUCUGAUUUUGGAGCGCAAGUGAUUCGUAUUGACAAGUUCAAGGGAUUUAACACCGAUGUUUUAUCAAGAAAUAAACGUUCAAUUGCAAUGGAUUUAAAGAACCCUGAAGCGAUCCAAACUCUAAUAAAGUUACUUACACAUGCCGAUGUCAUCCUAGACCCAUUUCGUCCUGGCGUGAUGGAAAAAUUAGGUCUUGGCCCUGACGUUCUUUUGAAAGUCAAUCCUCGUCUUAUUUAUGCCAGAUUAAGUGGGUUUGGCCAACAAGGGCCAGGAUCAAAAGCGGCUGGUCAUGAUAUUAACUAUCUUGCUAUUUCGGGUGCAUUAAGUAUGAUGGGUCGUCAAGGUGAGAAACCUUUUUUCCCGCUCAAUAUUUUGGCUGAUUUUGCCGGUGGAGGAUUAAUGUGUGUUAUGGGUAUACUUAUGGCUAUUAUUGAGCGCUCAGUGUCCAACAAAGGGCAAGUGAUAGAUGCAAACCUUACAGCUGGAACAUCCUAUUUAACUACAUUUCCUUAUAUCAUGCAACAAUUUGGCUUAUUGUGGGGUAAUGAAAGAGGAACCAACAUGUUGGAUGGGGGUGCUCAUUUUUAUGAAGUCUAUAAAACAAAGGAUGAUCAAUACAUGGCAGUUGGCGCUAUUGAACCUCAAUUUUAUUCUGUUUUGGUGGAGAAAUUAAAUUUAGACACGACAUCCUUGCCUGACCAAUUAGAUCGAGAAUCAUGGCCUAGUUUGAAGAUUAGAUUUCAAGAGAUCUUUCUAGAAAAGACGCAAGAGGAAUGGACCUUGAUAUUUGAUGGUUCAGAUGCUUGUGUAACCCCUGUGUUAUCCUUCACAGACCCCAUUCCUAAUUCGGCUCCUACAAAUAAUGAAGAACAAUGGCCAAGAACAGCAAGUAUGCCUCAACCAGCUCCCUUUUUAUCCAGGACACCUGCUAAAAAAGCAGAGAUGCUGGAGGAGCCAUUCAUGGAGGUUGGAAAGCAUACAAUUGAAAUAUUAGUAGAGUUUGGUUUAGGCUCUGCAGAAAUUCAGAGUCUGUUGAGAUCGCGUGCCAUUGUAGACGCAUCUAUCACUUCAAAACUUUAA